AGGUCUGCAGUGUUGUUAAGUUGAAGACCUCACAGUGCCUUGGCUUUCCCUGUCAGUUUUUACACCUGUGAUCUACCUGUGUUAAUGAGAUUUACGUCAGGCAGGUGAAAGAGUGUUUACCUGGAUUGUGUACCAACAAGCAGCACCUCCAAGUUACAUGUAGACAGUUAAUUUGAUUCGCUGGGUUUUACAUGUACAUGCAACUCAGAAUCUCUGAGUUUUUUCUGAAGUGGGCUGUGAAAAUGUGUCCUGUUUUACUUGCGAGUCAUUCAUUGUGGAUUUUACUUCAAAAGGAUUACCUUGCUUAAGCACAUCAGGGUCUAGACUCUGAGGACACAGGGACAGUCAAGAGGCGAAACAAGACGGUGGUCACACCCAAAAUGGCCAUGGAGAGUUUCCGCUACUCCUUCCUCAACGCCGAUGAGCCUCAAGAUGUAAAUCUGGAUGCCAUUUUGGGUGAAUUGUGCGAACUGGAGAAUCAGUUGACAACAACCCAGUCAGAACUCUCGCAGACCCUGGGCAGAAAUGCCACAAUCCAGCAGGUCAAGGACGACAACCGCGAUAGCGGCAAUGACUUUGUGCAGGCAGAGCUCGAUGCUCUGGCCGCAGAAAUCCAGUCGGCCACGAAGCCUCACUUUCUGACUGUCGGUGACAUCAGCUGCGAUGUUGGCGAGGCCGACUCUGCGUUUUCAGACAAUACGUCGUUGCCAUCAUCAGAAUCUUUUACAUCGAUGGUGACAGUGUCGUCAUCAGCAGACACAUCGAGUAGUGCUAGCGGGGAGACGGCGAGUACAAAUAGUACCAGUACGUUGACGGCAGCUUCGCUUCAGCCGCAGUCAGAGGAGGAACAAAAAGCCAGGUUAAAAGCUGAAAAAAUCCGAAUAGCUCUGGAGAAGAUUAAAGAAGCUAAAAUAAGAAAGCUGUUUGUGCGAGCAUUUACUCAGGAUGGCAGCAGUAAGAGUAUCCUUGUGGAUGAGAAAAUGACCGUAGGGUUGGUGUGUAAUGUACUGGCUGAGAAAAACCAUAUCCGUCUGAACGAUAGGAUGGCCGUGGUGGAACAUCUACCUGAACUGUAUAUGGAGCGUGUCUUGGAGGAUCAUGAUUCACUGGUUGAGAACAUGGUCAUGUGGACACGAGACUCCAAAAACAAAAUCCUCUACGAAGAGAGGAUGGAAAAAUAUGAUCUCUUUAGGAACCCAGAGAAAUACUUAUUGUUGGGAUCCUCUUCAGAAAAGGGCAGCUCAUUAGACCCUUCAAAACGACACAGACUGCUUCAGGAGUUUUUCUCUGGAGUUGGUGUUCAGAUCCCGGAAGUGGAGGGUGUUCUUUACCUGAAGUCAGACGGCAAAAAAGCCUGGAAAAAAUUCUUCUUUGUUUUACGGGGCUCUGGACUGUAUUAUAAUCCUAAAGGGAAAAUGAGUAAGUCUUCCAAAGAUUUGAGCUGCCUAAUCCAAUUUGAUCUGGUGGAGGUUUACAGAGGCCUCGGCUGGAAGAAGAAAUAUAGUGCACCUACUGACUACUGCUUUGCUCUAAAACAUCCUCAGGUUCAGAAAAAGACCUCAAAAUACAUGCGAUACCUCUGUGCGGAGAAUAAAUCCUCGAUGGAAGCCUGGAUGAUGGGAAUAAGGAUAGCUAAAUGUGGUAGACAACUGCUGGAGAAUUACGAGGGUGUGCGUAAUGAUAUUAUUUCCUGGGACAGACGAGAGCCCUGGACCAAUCAGCUUCUGGACGGAGAGACUGAGACGAAUGGCCAACCAGCGUUUAACCGUGAGGAUUUGUCAGACAGCAGGUUGUCAGUGCCUGAUGUUGAUCGACACUCCAUUAUAACUGUAACGAACUGUAGUACAGCCAGUAACUCUCCGCGACCCGUCAGUGCUAAUACAGACUUUGAUGACGGAGUCUUCAUGAUGGAUGGAACAAACACCAUACAGAGAUCUCCGCACUAUCAUCAGAAUGGGACAGAAUCCCCUCAAAAGACCCCUGUCAAGCGAGUUUCUUUCAGCACAACCCACUGCAUCAUUAAUGCUGAUUCCUGUGAAGAACUGGCUCAUAUGCAUCACAGAGACUCCAUUACAAGUGCCUCGACGGAUACUAGCGAUGAAUCCACGUCGAGUGGGGAAGGGAGGUCACCUCAUCCCCGCAGCAAAAUGAGAGCCAAAAUACCAGUCACCACAGAAACCACGCGACAGAUAUCGGGCAUGGUUCAGCUAGCUAUGGAAAACUCAAGCGUGAACUCCAUGGAAGGAGCUGUCAUGGAAAGGAAGUCCUCUGUGUCCAGUUGUGGAUCAGGACAUGGUUAUAACAUUGAACGUUCGACUAUACAGAGGAGGAAGUCUGCGCCUCAACUUCAUUCGCCGAGCCACCGAGAAGCACGCACAGAAGGCAAAGUUAGUUCACCGAUUCAUCAUAACUCCCCCUUAAUUCAUCAGUCUUCAUCUCCUGCAGCCCCCCAGGCUCCACCAUCGGCUGUGACAAUUUCUAACCCAGUCUCCCACAGUGUAGUGCUUCAGGAUGACAGGGCGGGCACUGCCUCAAGAUCUCCAGGAACACCCACGCACCAGAAACGACCGUCACUCUCCAGUCUACAAGGUGACUUGCGGAACAGUCCACCACGAUCCCCGGUAGCUGUGGCCCCUCCUAUACCCCCAGCGACUUUGCCUGGGGUACCCACCAAGAAGAUGCAGGCGGGUGUCAAUGUCAUGUCGUGCCCACCUAUAAAAACACCUCCAAGGGCAUCGACUCCACCACGAGCUUCCUCCACACCGCACGCUCCACCCACACCACCAAAGAGCCACAUAAGGAGAACGUCAGGAGGUGGACCUGUGCCAGUACCAGUCCCAGUUCCACCUCCAACAGCGCCCAUGGUCAGUGCUCCACCGAUGCCCCAUCAGCAGAGGGUGAAUGGAACUACACGGCCAGACUGUGCUGUGGGAUCACCAUCACGUGCUGCCUGUGGGGUACCACCACCCCCACCACCAAAUUCGAAGGUGUGCGUGGUAGAUGAGUCCAUCCCACCUCCACCCAGCGUCAUGUCCAUGUAUGGUCAGGUGCCCUCCGGAAAUGUCGCACAGAGUCCAAUUUACAGCGUGAUUCCACCUUCCCCUAGUCAGAUUUCCGGUGGCAUCCCGCCUUCCCCCAGCCAAAUGUCCGGUGGUGUUCCGCCAUCACCAGGCCAGAUUUCAGGCGGCAUGCCCUCUCCGCCGUAUCGGGCCCAUGGUGCUAUCCAUGCUGCACCACCGGCCCAGUCUCCACAUCGUGUUCAGUCCUCUGUGGCACCACCACUGCCACCACCUAAUCAUCAGAGCGCUCCUCCAGUGGCUCCUCAUCUGAUCAACUCUACCAACCCUCCUCCUCCUCCUCCACCAGCUUGCGGACCAAAUGUGGUGGAGAAGCCGCCACCUCCUCCACCUCCAACCAACAAGCCCGUGACAAACGCAGCAACUCUGCCUCCCCCUGUGGCAGCCAAACCUCAGGGUCCGCCCGCUGUGGCCAAGAAACCCUCUUCCAGUCGACCAUCGCAGUAUGCUGUGCCUAAAUGUCCUCCCCCUCAGAUCCCGCCGCCGGCCCCUGGCUGCGUCCGCACCCCACAAGAUGACAACACUCCUGUCAGUCCCUCAGGAUCAGGACUUCCGUUUCUCACUGAACUUGCUCAAAAAUCCAAACAGCCAAAAGUCAUUAGUAACGGCUCCAUUGAGCAGAGGGCCCCUCUCCACCAGGGACAGUCUCAGGAUGGAGACUCACCCACUUCUGCGCAGGACACCUCUCAUUAUGCACAAAUCAGAGCAGGCAUUGCCAAGCAUUUUGAAGCUCAAAGAGGCCCUGGUGAACCGAGCAUAAACUGCUCUCCCAGCAAACCUGUGCCCCCCUCAGUCCCCGGUGCCGCUCAUCCAUCCCCAUCAGUGCACAGUAAACCUGUGUUACGGUCAGACUCUAAAGUCGUCAAUCCACCCCCACCCCCGAGGAGGAGCGAAAGCACACGUCUUUCAACACGUGGCCCAAAAGGGAAGAGUCUAUCACAGCAGGAGAGCCCUACUACUGAGUGCCCGCCCCAGGAGGUUCUCUCAAAAAGCCUGGACUCGCAGCCUGCAGAUGCUGCCUUACAAAGGCUGCAGCAGGGCCCUCCCCGCCCAGGGCAGUCCCCUCAACUAGAGGGCAUCCUACCUAUAGAGGAUUUACCUCUUCCUCCGCCGGAACUCCUAGAGGGGCUGCCAUCAAGUCCUGGCUCCUCUGUACCCAACAAGAAACCUAAACCUCCCCCACCCCCGCCAAAGAGGAAUAAAGACACCCAGCUGACUAACUCCUAGUCUCCUUUGUAGUGGAGGGGCUCUAUUUAAACUCUGAAACGUUGGUGUUGUUGUUGUUGUUUUUCACGUGACAAUAGUUGGAGUGGACUGAUCUGCCGUCGUUGUACUUCUUGCUAUCGGUGUGCUGAAUUGCCAUCAUUGGCGUGCGUGAUUUAUGUCGGCAUUCUAAUUGCGGAAAGGAAGGAGACUGUUAUCUCACAGAAUAUUUAUCCCCAUACCUUUUCAAGAAGGUAGACGAACUUCUUGAGCUUCUGGACUGGACAGCUCUGUUAUGGUGCCAUUGUUUUUUUCUUCUUUUUCACCUUUUGUUUAUUUUUACCCGAUUCAGACGGGUAUGUGUAUGACAUAAUACUCCUGUGUACUUCAGUAAACUGAUCAUCUUAUUUAUAUACAUGUGUAUAACCAGUUGAUUGAUUUUGCACCACACUCACAUGUCCAUUUUCUCUCAUUGUUUCUUUGUGUAUUUUUAACAUUACAUUUUUAACACGUGUACCCAUCAUUGAGGUCAACUCAACUUUAGUUUUCUGUAACACACACAUACCUCUCUUUUUACCAUGUUGAGCAUGGUUUGGCCAUAAUAUUGACCCUUUCUUUAUUAUAACUUGGUCAUCUUUUUGUAUAAAAGAAAAACAAAAAUGUAAAAUCCCAGAUUGGUAAAUUUGAUUGUAAUACAUACAUGUAUGGCUUCCUUUACAAAAUAUUUUCUUAUUGAGUGGCCAUUUAAUAUUUUAUUCUUUAAUUUAUCUUUUUUUUAUCAUAAGCUCAGAUUUGCUAUGCCAUUUGUCAUUUAUUAUACUCAUUUGCAUAGUGGGCCACUGGGGACAAAAGCUGACCAAAAACAACAGAAAACAAAAUGUCCAAAAUUUUUACGGUUUUGAAUCAGUUUCCAUUGCGCAUAAUUUGGAUCGUCUAUUUAUCAACUUGUUUUUUUUUUUUGUAUAUUAAACGGUAUGUUUGGUAUGAAACUUCCAUGUGUAUACAGUAAAGUAUAUUUUGCUGCUUUUAGUCUAGCCAAAAUUUUGCAUCGUCGUCAGUAGGAUACUUUCAUUGCUUCUAUAAAACAUCUUCCAUCGCUGUAGGAAGUAGAGAUCUGAUGGUGCUAAUCAAAGAAUUCUGGGAGGCCGUAGUGUAACUACAUUUUCCAACUGUUUGUAAGCUCUUCCUUGAGGUACAUGUUCGAAUUUAUCAUGACCUUUGCAUAUCAGUACAUGUACCUGUAGAAUCUAACUAAAACUGCAGAGUGUCCAUCAGCAGUACACGAUAUGUGCCUCUUAAGCCUUUGAUGGUUGACUUUUUCCCCUUCCCUCCCCACCCGCCCAUAUUUUAGAUAUGCCCUGAGAAUUUAUGGUGUAAAACUUUUUUGCCAUGCAUUUUGAGCAGCCGUGUAUUUUGAAUUUGCUGUACUAUACAAACUGCUCCAUGUUUGCUUCUGGCUGAUGUUUACGUAGUUCCGUAUUCUUCACACAGUUGUUAUUUGUUUUGUUUUUGUAUCAAGUUAGUGUUACGGUGCUCUGCCAAUGCCUGUUUAGUUUUGUGAAUAUGUUACGUGUAUAAUUCUAGUCACACUGAUCAGUACUUACCUUUGUCUAGCUAAUAACUGUCUGUGUACACACGUGUUUUUAUGACGGUUCAAGUUUUGUCACACUGGGCAAGCUGGAGAGAGAUUUUAGGUUUCAUGAAUGUGUGCCAAGGGCAUUAGCUACACGUACUGUAUUGAAUUUGUGUCAGUUGUCGCUAUAGCCAUUCAAACAGUUACUUACUGUACUUUGUUAGUCUGCCACAUAGAAAAAAAUACCAUUGGAAGCUAAACUGAUGCAAUGCAUUUCAAAAAAUGUCUUCAAAAGUUUGAAGAACGAUUCAAAGAUUUUGAAAUUGUGAAGUCCCGAUUUUCCAUGGAUUACCUGUAAUAUGUGAAUAAGUGAAAAACAGUUAAUGACUGACUUAAGUGCUAUGUACAAUGUAUAAGGAAUUUGCAUCAGCUGCUUUUCUCAGGCAGUUUGAAGUUUAACUGAUAUACCAGCUAAUAGUAAUGGUAUGCCAGUAUCAUCGUACACUUCAUGCUUCGUACGGUAAGUCUGUAAAGCCUUCAAGUGAUGCAGCAAAUGCCCCAUGCGAUGUAAAAAGCUAAGCAGGUUCCAGAUAGAUAAACGCAUCCUUAACAGUUUGUCCAGUCUUUAGAGCUGAACAGCGAUGUACAAAGGUUAAGCGUCUUACAUAUGCUAAUACUGUGAAUAUACUUAUAUAGCCCUAAAGUUUCCUCGGUAUAAAUUAUGACGAAGGUUACCUUUUGACCUUACAGGAUUGUGUACUGUUGUUAUGUCUAGCUCACUACUCUUGCCCUGUAUACUGUGUUUUCCCCUGUUUAUAUUAUUUAUUUCUUCCUGACAUUUCUGCUGAACCUUUGUUGUAUAUAUUUUCAUGAGUUGUCUGUUGUAUAUAUUCUAGUCUGUUUAUUAGAGAUAGAUGUAGGGACAUUUUCCCAUUGAUAACCUUGUCCCUGAAAGAUGCCGAUCAACCGUAUGACAACCGUGCUGUUUUCUUUCUGGUAAUAAAUGAAACAACAACAUCAUUGAUGGCACAUGUAUUAUAUACUAGUAGAUGUAAAUCUGCAAUAUUGAACAUCGAUCAUUGUCGACUUUAGAAUUUCACAACUGCUACAUGUACAGUACACUAGGUGUUAUUGCCUGCUUUAGAUUUGUUAAACUGUUACUUUGAGCAUCAUUGUCUACUUCAAAAUUUGAAAUCUGCUACACUGAUUGGAUUGGAAGUCGGCCAAAUUGAACUUUAUUGCGUAUUAUGGAAUUGGUAAUGUGCUAAAUGUGUUUUGCCUACCAUAAAAUACAGUUAACCAAGACGAGAAGAGCUGCUAUAUCGCGAGUAUGCUGGUUUGGUAUAAGAUUUUGAUAACAUCCUUUUUCGUUGAUGUGGCGAAAAUAUUUAUUGCCAUGGUAAUAUAUCUUAAAAGUAAGAUUUUUUCUUUUAUCAUGAUACUGCUGUUAGACUAAUUCUUUACCCUGGUAUUGGCUUUAAAAGUAUAUCUGAAGUUGAUGUCUUGGGCAAGACAUAUGACGAAAACUCAUGAUGGCAGAUGCCCAACUGAAGUCCAUCGCUAUGCCUUCGUUUUCUGUCGGAAGACAAUAAGUAACUGCCAGUGGUCGUGUUGAUAGGAAUCAGCAGUACAUGGCAUUUGUACAGAAUUAAAGCUGAGUAAAAACCACAUCUGUUUUGGAUUCAGAAAGAAGGAGAAAAUCCUUUUCAAGCAUGCGACUUCUAAGUUAAGGAAGGGUUUUGAUGCUUUAUUUUAGGGUGAUUAUUAGUUGAACAAGAUCGUGGCAAGUACAGAGAUGAAAUCGAAGAUGGCUGUGUUCCAAAUAGAAUAUUUGGAUAGUUUUAGUCAUCUGUGUAUGACUCUCAGUGCUGGACUACGAUCUGGGCUAUACCGCUAAUUCACCGUGUAGAAAUGGACACCGUAGGGGUCAGGAAAUUUGCGACUUGCGUUACUGGUAUAACAUUUACAAGCUAUAUUUAUUGCUCAACACUUCCACGAUUUAUUUGUGUACGAAUGCCAAAUCCAGUAUAAAAUCGAAGUCACUGCCAUCUGUGUCUAUUUGUGAAAUUCUUGAAGGCCCCUAGAUUAAGACACAGCAACGGUAAAGCUGGUUCACGAAAUUAAUCAUAGUGUUUGCUAAUUAGAGUAACGAGAGCAAUCAUGGAUUCCCCUUAUACAGGUGUUUGAUCGGAAUGUAUGCAGCUAAAUCACGAUGUUCCAUCAUUUAUAACGUGGGCUUCUGUUCAAUUCAGUACUUACUAUAUAUGUGUGAAAUGUUCUCUGUUAUAAUAACCGAUGCUGUUUUUAUAUCUCAUCUAAACAUUUUGUGCAAUACUUACAUGAGCGUGGGUUCCCCAUGUAGUCUAUAUAUGCUGAUCUAAGCGGUAAAGAACACUACUACCGAUACGUGGCCAUUUGGACUGUGGUCAAAGGGAGAUCACUCUAAGUUAACUGCCGAAGACUAGAGGUUUUUUUCCAUGCCUGAUACCCUUUCUCAAUGCCGUGUUUAAAACAUAUUUUGUACAUUUCCCCUUGUAGAAACUUCAUGUUAUAUAAGUAUCGUAAUGGUUUGAGCGCUGUAGACUGCUCUUGAUAGUGUACAAACUAAUUACGUGGAAUGGUCUGAAUAACUGGAAUGAAUCUCAGUUGGUUUUACAUAUAAAUAAUAUACCUUGUACUAAAGUUUUAGAGUUGUCUGCUGUUUUGCUAUAGCCGGUACGGAAUAGCUUUGUAUCACGUAUGUGUACAAUCAUAUGUGUGCCCGUCAAACAAUGUUACAGUUCUGUACUUGUAUGUGAAAAUAUGCAAAUUUCGAAGCAAAAAGUACAAAAAAUAAAUGACAUG